AUGGACCCACUCAUGAAGAGGUUGAAGACGUUGGUUGGCGAGGAAGAAUACUGUGGAAAUAAUGUAGACAUUGCUGCAUGUUUGCAAAAGCUAGGACGUACUCGCGAUCUCUACAUUGAAUCUACAUUUUCUUUUGCCGAUGCUGUCAAUACCAACGCUGCUGUCCUUGUGUACGUUGGAGCAAGCAAUGAAGCCGCUGGGUACCGCAAGGUCGGGCGUCUACCAUUGACGUCUGCUCACCUCAAACUCGCAUCACGUUCGAGGAUUGCGACGUACAUCGAGGAUAGAGCGCAAGCCUUCUACGAUGUGGGUGUGGAGGGCCCACUGGAUCAGUGCGUGCAAACGAUUCCAGGCUAUCAUUCAAGACUGGACGUUGGCGAUGCGCUUGCGCACGUGUUUCCCCACGAGAUGUGGUUGCAGGUUGGCAGCAGGGAAACGCCCAUGCUUGCCGAUCACGGGAGGACGGUGGCUUACCUUCCUCCCUGCCAGAAAAGCGCUUUUAAAAUAUGGAUCUUUGUCGUCAUCCAGCAUCCUGAGGACGUAGUUUUCGUGAACCACUUGGUUUACCAUGAGGUAACGCGAGGUUACCAAAAGGGAACUCCGACGAAAAAUCGGUGGGAUGCUGUUGGGGGAAACGUCGUCAUCCUGCACCAAGAUCUAGUGUUCGCUCAUCGCUACGCUACGCGGGCUGCGGCAGCAGUCAUAAAGGGGUCGAGGGAUGUAUGGUAG